AUGUCAGCUGAAAAGGAAGAAGGUCUUGCUCGAUUAAUUCUUAAUUUUGCGGCAAACACUAGAAAGGUAUCAAAACAAAAAAGAACUAAGGGCUAUCUUGUGGCCAGAAGGAAUCUACUGGCUGAUUAUUGGAAGCGCUACAAUGACUUCCGUGAUGACAUUUCUGCAGCAGACGUUAUUGAAGGCGAAGAGGGCAAGGUUAAGACGACAUUAAGUGAAGCUCGUUUGGAAGCAAUAGAAUUGGCGUACAGCGAAGCACUAGGUGAAAUACAUGAUGAAAUCAAAGAAUUUGACAAUCAUCGUAGUGAAAAUCAUCCAGCAACCAUACUCAGUCAUACAUGCGGCGGUANAGCACUAGGUGAAAUACAUGAUGAAAUCAAAGAAUUUGACAAUCAUCGUAGUGAAAAUCAUCCAGCAACCAUACUCAAUCAUACAUGCGGCGGUACUACAAAUACAUCAGCGUCAAAGCUUCCGAAGAUUAUUCUGCCAAAAUUCGAUGGCUCGUUUCAAAAAUGGUUAAGUUUUAAAGAUAUAUUUACAACAUGCGUUAUUAAUGAAGCUUGUUUGUCUGAUGUACAACGUCUGCAUUACUUGAAAGGCAGUUUACUAGGUGAAGCCGAAACUCUUCUUCGCAGUAUUAGUAUCCAGGAAAACAAUUUUGCUAUAGCCUGGGAUAUGCUUCAACAACGUUAUGACAAUAAGCGACGCCUUGUCAAGUCUUAUCUGCGCAAUAUCACGAAACUUCCGGCGAUGACCAAUGAGUCAGAUAACGCCAUGCGAAAACUUUUGGAUACUACCUCAGAAUCCGUUAAUUACGCAAACGUCAAGCUGUGA